UAUAAUUCAGGAAGAACCCUACUCAUUUCAAAAAUAGGUUGGGAUUUUUGUCAGAAUUACAUUAUUUUCAAAGGAAAUUAUUAUAAUCCUGGGCACUAUCGAGUGUGGAUAGCGAGCUCCUGUGUCGAGCAAAUAGAUACAUUUCCCAUCACCUGCCAAUCAAUCACCAUUCCAGUCCAGCCACCCCAACUGUGUGGUCGGACCAGGUCUGGCCCGUUGGCAUGGCGAUGAUGGAGGAAGGGGCGCGGAGCUGCCUGCUUCAGUCACGCUCCAGCCUGGAGCAGGACAUCAGGGCUUCCUACCUGAUGGAUCACAUGAUCAGUGACGGCGUGCUGACGGGGGAUGAGGAGGACAGGAUCAGGAGCAAGCCCACCAGGAGAGAGCAGGCGGCGGCCCUGCUGGAGCUGCUCCUGAGGAAGGAUAACCAGGCCUACAUCUCCUUCUACAACGCCCUGGUCCGCGAGAGCUACGGAGACCUGGCCAGCCUGCUCCACAACAGCCUGCCCCUGGUCUCCCCUGAGGCUGAGAAGAGCUUCUCAGACGGGGGCACCCGCUAUGUCCAGGCGGUGCUGAGUGAGGGCGGCGUGCCUCAGAGACCCGUGGUGUUUGUGAGCCGGCCAGCACUGGUGAACCGGGUCAGGGAGAAGCUCUACCACUUGCAGAAGGAGCCCGGCUGGGUCACUGUGUUCGGCAUGGCCGGCUCCGGCAAGUCUGUCUUGGCUGCGGAGGCAGUCCGAGACCACGCACUCAUCACAGAGUGUUUUCCAGGAGGAGUCCACUGGCUGUCCAUAGGCCAGCUGGACCGGUCUGACCUGCUGGUUAGGAUCCAGUCACUGUGUUUCCGCCUGGAGCAGCAGAGCCAGGAGAAAGACCCCUCGUCCUCCAUCCACCGGCCUCCUGGCUCUCUGGAGGAGGCCAAGGAGCGACUACGCUUCCUCAUGCUCCGUCGUUACCCCAGGUCGUUGCUGAUACUGGAUGACAUCUGGGACAGCUCGGUGCUCAAGGCCUUUGACAUCCAGUGUCGAGUACUGCUCACCACCCGAGACAGAAGCCUAGCUGACUGUGUCAGCGGUUCUAAGUCUGAGGUGGCAGUGGAGAGUGGUCUGGAGGAGGAUCAGGCCUUGGAGAUCCUCGCCUUGUAUGUCAACGGGAAACCCCAGAGACUCCCAGAACAGGCCCGCAGCAUUGUCAGAGAGUGCAAAGGCUCCCCCUUGGUGGUGUCCCUAAUCGGGGCCCUGCUGCGGGAGUUCCCGGACCGCUGGGCCUACUACCUGCACACGCUCCAGCAGAAGAAGUUCAAGCGUAUCCGUAAGUCGUCUUCGUAUGACUACGAUGCCCUUGACCAGGCCAUGGCUGCCAGCAUCCAGGUCCUGUCUGAGGAACACAGGGAGCUGUACAUUGACCUCACCGUGCUGGAGAAGGACGUCAAAGUACCUGCCAAGGUUCUGUCGGUUCUGUGGGAUCUAGAACCGGAGGAGGUGGAGGACGUUCUCCAGGACUUUGUGAACAAGUCCCUACUGUUCCGUGACUGUCACCACCGGCCCUACCUCUACUACCUCCACGACCUCCAGCUGGACUUCCUGGCUGAGAUGAACCGCUCUGGUCUAGAAAGCCUCCACACCAAGGUGGUGCGUCAGUACCAGCAGCGCUACAGCCAGGGUCCCCCCACCUCAGGAGAUGAAGAGUGCCUCUACUGGUUCAGAUUCCUCACCUACCACAUGGCCAAGGCCAACCUCACACAGGAGUUGUGCUCUCUGAUGUUCUCUCUGGACUGGGUCAGAACUAAAGCUCAGAUUAUGGGACCGGCUCAUCUCAUCAAUGACUAUGUGGAGUACGGCGCCAUACUGGACAAAGAGAACAGCGAGGUGCGGGUCCACUUCCAGGAGUUCCUGUCUCUGAACGGCCACCAGUUGGAGCAGCGUCCGUUCCCUGACGUAGUGCAGCUGGCCCUGUCCCAGCCAGACUCAUCUGAGGUGUACCGCCAGGCCCUGCUGCAGGCGCAGGAGAGGGCCACCAGAGGGGGACUCUACCUUGACUGGGUGAACAAAAGUAGUCUGAAGAGCCUGUCUCGUCUGGUGGUCCAGCCCCACCAGGGAUCCAUCUACUCUGCCUGCUUCUCCCACGACGGCACCAAUAUCGCCUCCUGUGGCUCCAGCAAGACACUGCGAGUGUUUAAGAGCACCUCUGGGGAGAAGCUGCUGGAGAUCCAGGCCCACGACGAUGAGGUGCUCUGCUGCGCCUUCUCCCCGGAUGACCGUCUCCUAGCAACCUGCUCCAGUGAUAGGAAGGUCAAGGUUUGGAACGUGGAGCGUGGGACUCUGAUGAGGGUGUUUGAGGACGAACACGAGGAGCAGGUCAACCACUGUCAGUUCACCAACACACGCCGACGCCUCCUACUGGCCACCUGUUCCAACGACAAGUUCAUGAACACCAAGCUGUGGAACAUCAAUAAACCCUCCUCCCAGAACACCAUGUUUGGUCAUUUGGAGCCUGUCAAUCACUGCUGUUUCUCCCCUGAUGACGCCUACCUCUCCACCUCUUCCAGCGACGGAACCCUGAAGCUGUGGGAGGUGUCCUCGGCCAAUGAGUGGAAGUCCAUAGACGUGGCGGACAUGUUCCCGGAGCAGAGAGAGCAGACUGAGGUCAUGGUGAAGUGCAGCACCUGGUCAGCAGACGGCAGGACCAUCAUCUGUGCUGCCAGGAACGCAGUCUUUGUGUUUGAUGUAGAGACGGCGGCCAUGUUGUUGGAGAUCCGGACCAGUCGUCUGAGCACGGUGCAGUACUGUCACGCCUGUCCCAGCAGCAACCUGGUGGCCAUCGCACUGUCACACUAUGCUGUGGAGCUGUGGGACAUUGAGACCAGUAAGAAGAUGGCUGACUGUAGUGGUCAUCUGAGCUGGGUCCAUAGAGUCCAGUUCUCCCCUGACGGAUCUCUACUGCUCUCCUGUUCUGAUGACCAGACCGUCAGGGUGUGGGAGACUAAAAAAGUCCACACCUCCUCAGCUGUCUGUCUAAAGAGGGACUCUGACGUGCUCUUUAACAACGGUGACAUUACCGUGGUCGCCGCCGACAACCGCAACAGACUGCAGGUGAGGAAUGGGAGGACUGGAGCGGUGAUGUUCCAGUCAGAGGACCAGGAGUCUCGUAUCCGCUGCACUGCUAUCUGCUCACAGACCUCAGCCGUGGGGCUGGGACGAGAGGAUGGGACGAUACAGGUACACACACACACACAUACAGGUGUUGGAGGUGCCGUCGGGGACCUCUCUAGCCACUCUUCAGGGUCACACCAGGACAGUUCUCCACUGCCAGUUCACCCCGGAGGGACACACACUCAUCACCUCCUCUGAGGACACCACCAUACGGGUGUGGAGGUGGAGGACAGGCGAGUGUGUGGUUCUGGAGGGCCACAAGGAGCAGGUCAGAUGCUUCUCUCUGCUCACCACCUCACCCUCAGAGACACAUCUCCUCAG